AUGGAAGGAUUACCACAUCAUGCAUUGCAAGACGAUUCACAAACUCCUGAUUGGAAUGAUUUAUUUGUGUUCAUGUUACCCCGAGUUUUCUAUAUAAAAGCUAUUCGUCGAAGACAAAACAUGGUUGAUCAGUGGUGGCACUUAUUGCCAAUUUCACUUAAUCACGAAAAUUAUUGGAAGAUGCAUGAGGCGAGAAAUAUAAGAACUCAACGCAGGCCGAGAGAGUCGUUCUCAAAAGCCAACUCAGAGUCAAAGAUGAAUUUACCAACAGAGAUAUUGGAUAAACUUCAGAAAGAAAGAUACACUACACAAACAAUGAUAGAAGAGUUAGAAUGCUGUUUAUACGGAAAGGAACCUUCAACAAAAACAAGGUUCAAAGACGAUCUUCAUACGAGAGGUUCGAGUAUAAGUGACAUAUCAGAAGUUAGCGAAAUGACAAAAAAUUUUACAUUUCCUGCUUAUGACGAUUUGGAAACUACUCGAGAAAAUCAUAUGAAAAGUUUUACACUUAAACCUGCAGAAAAAGAAGAUGAUUCACCUUUAGAUAGAAUCUGUGAUUCACUGACAAAGCUUCUUGAAGAAGCAGAAGUUGCUCUAUCGAGACCAGUACCAGAUGAAUCAAUUGUAUUGCACAGAAAAGAUUCUGUCGAUACAACUUGGGAUUCAGCGAGCACAAUUUCCGCUCAAUCAGAACAAAUAAUGACACCCGUCGAUUGCGGAUACAAUAACUUUGAUGCUCAGAUACAUUCUCGUCAUUCGUCAUUAUCGAUGCCUGGAACGCCAGGAACUUCGUUCAUGGAAGAAAUGUUUGAUGAUGAACCAAUAGAGAAGCCCUUACCGCCGCCGUUGACACCCGAGUAUCAACAAAGUUGUGAAAAUUUAGAAAAUGAAAUUCAACAUUUAAGUUCACCAACAAUGACAACAGCAAAUACAAUGAAUAAUAAUGAAGGAUAUUUUGAUUAUAUAAAACAAGAUGAAAGUGUCUCGAGCCGAGCGAAAUUACAGCAAUUCAUAAACAAUGUUUCCACUUUUGAAAAUGUUUUAACAGUCACCGGAUUUCUUUUUGGCUUUGCUCAAAUUGUCAUGGCAAUCAAGUGUCGGAGCUCAAAUCGAUUGCUAAUCGAACAAUCUCCAAAAGUUCGGCAAACUGGCAAGAAAUCAAUGACUAGAAUUCUAAAAUAUUUGGGAGUAUUCAGUGUUGGGUGGGCGAUUGGACGAAACAGUGACAAAUCAAAACAACCAAAACGACGUUAUCGUUAUUUCUAA